CCACGGACAAACCCACCAGCCCACGGACCCAUGAGGAAACAAACAUCAUGAAGACCGACCAACGGACUUUGAUGGAGAUUUAAACGGAAACUUAGGAAAAUAAAAAGAAUUGGAGUUGUUGAGCUUUGAGAACACACAGUGAAGACAUGCAGCACUACGGAGUAAACGGCUACUCCCUCCACGCCAUGAACUCUCUAAGCGCCAUGUACAACCUCCACCAGCAGGCGGCGCAACAGGCGCAGCAUGCACCUGACUACAGGCCCUCAGUGCACGCCCUCACCCUCGCAGAGAGACUGGCUGACAUUAUCUUAGAGGCCCGGUAUGGAUCUCAGCACCGAAAACAGCGGCGUAGCCGGACAGCGUUCACCGCCCAGCAGCUGGAAGCUCUGGAGAAGACCUUCCAGAAGACUCACUAUCCUGAUGUGGUGAUGAGAGAGCGCCUGGCCAUGUGCACUAACCUGCCCGAGGCCCGGGUCCAGGUUUGGUUCAAGAACCGCAGGGCCAAAUUCCGCAAGAAGCAACGUAGCCUGCAGAAGGAGCAGCUCCAAAAGCAGAAGGAAGCAUCUGGCUCGACUGAAGGCCCAGCUGAGGAUCCCAAAGCCGACCUCUCUGCCACCACUACCACAACAAUCCCUGACGCCCGGACGCCUCCUCCUCCCUCGUCUGCCUCCUCCUGCCACUCGGAGACAGACAACAGGCUCUUGUCAGGAAGGCUGCAGCCUGAAGAGAUGAGCGUGGAAGUCAACGUCACGUCUCCGGAGCCUUCGGACGGGGAGUCAGGAGCGGAGGACAACCCUGACAGAGAAGAGGAUGACGUGAGAGGAGGAGAAAGGGUGAAGCUCAGAGAUGAUCUGCUGCAAGGAGAUGGUGGAGGCCAGUUGGGAAACAGUUCACCAUCCUCCAAACGACACAGUCCUACUCCAGACUCGCCCCUCAAUUCGCCGGCCUUGCCGUCCUCCAGCAGCGUGACCAGUGGCCUGGCCCAGAGCAACUCCUACGCCUCGUCCCCCCUCAGCCUUUUCCGCCUGCAGGAGCAGUUCCGUCAGCACAUGGCCGCCACCAACAACCUGAUGCACUACCCGCCCUUCGACAUGAGCGCGCCCUCCUCUCUGCCCUACCUCGGCAUGAACGUGCCAUCCCCCUUGGGCUCGCUGCCAUGCCAGUCUUACUACCAGACCCUGUCCCAGGCCCAGCAGGUGUGGAACAGCCCUCUGCUGCCCACAGCACCAGGCAGUCUCCCAGGAAGCCUCAACAGUAAGACCACCAGCAUCGAGAACCUGCGGCUGAGAGCCAAGCAGCACGCAGCAUCGCUGGGAUUGGACACACUCCCCAACUGAGGCUCCUGACCUUUAACCUCCCCAACUCAUUCAGUCCUCUUAUUGGUUCCACUCCCUUCGCAAAUUUUAUUGCUCAGAUUGAAUUGUGUACUUCCCUGGGUACAAUUUGUGUUAUAUCUGAGCUAAAAGGGGAACAUCAGUAUCCAAACUUUCCUUUGCAUUUCACCACACUGCCCACUACUGGCUGAACAUGGAAAACUAUGUUGGUAAAUAGUAAAAAAAAAAAACUUCCCCCACUUGACUAUUCCAACAGUUUUCACAAAAGUAGUUUGAUAAAUGACCACAUUAAAGGCAGUCAGACUGAAACAGGAAUUUGAUCUCUCACACUUGCAAAGGACUCAAGAUGCACAGUGGCACUUUUUCAAUUUCUGGGGAAAGAAAUGAUGCUUCCAUGCAGAAGCAAAUCAAUAAUACAAAUGAACAUGUUGUGCAUGCUGGUGUUGUCUGCUCUCUAAACAGCAGAGGAGCAGAGGAAUACUGACUAUUUCGAUCACACUUAUGAAAGCGACCCAAGGGUUCAAUUCCAUUUCAAAAAUAACCCAGUUCCACAACAUGGUCGUGAAAGCAACUACACUCCUUAUUUAGUUUCUAUCCCUGAAUCACCGUGUCAUCCGUGCAUGGAGCUCUGGGGCAACUGGGUGCAGGACUGCAAGGGGACCCCGCUGCUGAAUCAACUCAAUAUAAAUGAUGGCUCAAUGUUCUUGCUUGUAUUUGGCGGCUUUCUGAUCCACACAUUUUCAGUGGUUAUCACCAUCCAGCGAGCAAAUGUAGUUGUGAACCCACCAGAUGUUGCUGGAGUUUGAUUUCCACGAUAUAAAUAUACUCUGCUAUUAUCAUGGGAGUCCAUGAACUGCAUGCUAGCAGCUCUCUGAAGCACAGUGGGCAUCACCCGAUUCGAGUCACACCAGAGACAACACUGCAUCAGUCUUCUGAAGGUGUAAGUGAAAAAAAAAGAGUAAACAAAAGUUUAUUUCCCUGAACUAGGACUGGAAGCGAGUCGGAAACCCUUUCCCGCCAGCAGAGGUGUAUUAUAUGACUGUACAUUUAAGAAGAUGUAUUUCUCAAUUGUUUGAAAUGUGAGUAAUUUAUCUGUUUAUUGGAAUCAAAUAAAUAAUGUACA